AUGGCUUUCCUCAACAUGGAGCUGCAGACCUGGGCCUUCACCUUUGGUAUCCUAGGUAACAUAAUCUCACUGAUGGUGUUUCUUUCGCCGCUGCCGACGUUCUACCGCGUGUACCGCAAGAAGUCGACGGAGGGUUUCCAGUCGACGCCGUACGUGGUGACGCUCUUCAGCUGCAUGCUGUGGAUCUUCUACGCGCUGCUCAAGUCCGGCGCCGAGCUGCUGGUGACCAUCAACGGCGUCGGCUGCGUCAUCGAGACCGUGUACCUGGGCAUGUACCUGGUGUACGCGCCCAAGGCCGCCCGGGUGCUCACGGCCAAGAUGCUGCUGGGGCUCAACGUCGGCGUCUUCGGCCUCGUCGCGCUCGUCACCAUGGUGCUCUCCAAUGGCGGCCUCCGCGUGCACGUGCUCGGCUGGAUCUGCGUCAGCGUCGCGCUCAGCGUCUUCGCCGCGCCGCUCAGCAUCAUGCGGCAGGUGAUCCGGACCAAGAGCGUGGAGUUCAUGCCCAUCUCGCUCUCCUUCUUCCUGGUGCUCAGCGCCGUGAUCUGGUUCGCGUACGGCGCGCUCAAGAAGGACGUGUUCGUGGCGGCUCCCAACGUUCUGGGCUUCGUCUUCGGCGUCGCGCAGAUGGCGCUGUACAUGGCGUACAGGAACAAGAAGCCCGCCGCGGCGGCGGUGGGGAUGGUGGAGGAGGUGAAGCUGCCGGCGGAGCACGCCAGCAAGGAGGUGGCCGCCGCGGUGGCGCACGAGGGCAGCAGGGCGAGCUGCGGCGCCGAGGUGCACCCCAUCGACAUCGACACUCUCACUCUGCCGGUGGUGGAGGUCCACGAUCCACAGAUCGUCGUGGUCAUCGACGUGGACGUGGAGCCUGCCACCACCUGCACCGCAGCGGCAGCAGCAGGCGCUGACGGUGUGGCCAGCGUGGUCGACGGACCCGGCGUGCCCACGGCGCCGGAGCAGCCGGCGAUGAUCAAGCCCGACAUGGCCAUUGCCGUGGAGGCGUAG